AUGACGGACCCUGUUUAUCUGGCUGCGGCCAGCCCACAUACAAACAAAGCAGCUUCGAACCCUCCAGCUCCUUGGGUACUGCACUCUAUCGAUAUCCCGUCACCACCUUUCACCAGACCUCCAGCUGUCCUACUUUCCUUGUGGGAUGUACGGAGAGCUCGACUAACAUCACCUAGCUACUACAGACGCAUCCUGGCUCCAGUUUCCCCGUUUCCCGAGCCGCAGCGCUCGUUCGUGUCGACUGCCACCCAGACAACCGACAGUGAGUGGGAGUCUCCAGUAAAGACGACUGAGAACCGCCGUCCCCCGACACCACCAAGCUCUCCAAAGAGCCGGUACACACCACCACCAAGGACUGAGACUGACCCCCCUCGAUGCCCGAAAUCCUUGCUGCAGCCUCCACCACAAUUCAAAAGGACAAAAACCUCUCCUAUUAUCACGUGGCAACGAUUAUUCUAA